AUGCCGACACAACAAGCACAGAAACAACCGAAACAAGCAAACGCCAAUAGCAAAAUGGGCAACAACAACGCCAACAAGCAACAACCCAUCCCUGACCGCGAGAUCAAGCAGAAUGCUGGAGUCUCAGCUAGCAUGGCGUUGCAGGCAACGCAGAAAGCAUGGGAGCUGAGGCAGGCAGCCAACGCGGCGGGUGAUCCUGAUGCCCGAGAGGAGAUUCUCGCCAAAGCCAUCAACAAGGAGAUCGAAGCAGAGUCUUUUGGCAAGGCAGCCAAGUAUACACAGUCCGGUACGUUUCAAGGACUCGCUGCUGGCGCUGGAUUGGGUGUGCAACCGGGUGUCACGCUCGGAAAGAUUACAGGAGCGAUAGUGGGCGGCACUGUGUCGACUGUCACUGGACUGCUGGGUGGUGGCAUUGGUUCGGUCUAUGGUGCGAUGAACGGUCCCAUGUGGGAUCUUGGUCAGAUGGCGAGCCACGGUGUCCGAGGCGUAAUAGGCGACUUUCCAAACUGGAAGUCCACGCCGGCGCAAAAGAAGGCAUUGGAAAAGAUGGUCAUGCAAUCGAAGGAAACCCAGGCGCCAAGCGAGGAAGAGCUCGAACAGAUGAAGAACGAUGCCCCAGACGACGCGCCGCAAUCUUGGUCGCAGUCAGUGUCAGACAUGACGAGUUGGAGACCUUCGAUGCCAUCUGUGCCCAAAAUGCCAAAAAUGCCAUCGAUGUCUCAAACUGGCACUGCUAUGGGUUUGGGCGGCCUGGGAGCCUCCUUGGGUAUGGGAGGAGGACAAAGUUCGAAGGAAGACCAUCCAACAAAGCCGAGCGCCAGACAGGCAUCGCAGCAGGAUGGACAUGCGCAUCGGUCAUCCAAACAAAACCAGGCCUCUGCACCCAAACAGGCACCGACACCGAAAGAAGCCACCACUCCUAAAGAGGCUCCCAAGGUCGACGCUUCUUCGAAAAGAGAUGCAGCUUCUCGUAAAGACACAAAGCCUCAGCCUAGAAAGUCUCAACGCACUUCUGCACCACAGAAGCCCACUGAGUCAAAAGCAUCGCCAGAGGCGAAAGACUCAAAACCACCCACCUCUAAGCCCAAAGAACCGGCCCCCAAAAAGAGUGCAGAGCCUAAGAGCUCUCCACCAAAACGAGCUUCGAAGCCGCAGACAGACAACAAGCCAUCAGCGCCGACGCAGUCAAAGCCUGCCUUGUCUGCAGACAACAAGGAGAACAAGCCACCUGCAUCUACGAACGGAGAACGAAGGAAGCCAAGGAAGCUGGCAUCGAAGAGCGACAACGCCAAGUCGACCUCGACGCCAGCUCCGAAACGAGCUCCGCGGAAGCUCGAGACUCGCAACGCUACGUCAUAG